AUGGCCGAUGCCCCCCCGCCAACUCCAUCCGAGCUCCUACGGAUGGUGACCGAGCUUCAGCAAGCAAAUCAACAAAUGACGGAGGAAAAUCGAAGAAUGCAAGAUCAAAUUGCACAAUUAGUUAAUGCUCGUCUGGAGCACAACAAUGAUUACCAUAACCGGGAAGAAAACCACGAACGACGGUCAAUACCAACUCAUGUUUCUGAAACACCUCAAGGGGAAGAAGAGGAGGCCGACAACCUGACUCGAAUUGGCAAAGCAAUUCGAGAUCACUUUGCGGCCUCUGCUAUAUACUUACACGACUCUGACUACCUGACGACCAUAAAGCAGGGCCCACAAGAGAGUUUGAAGGACUACAUAACUCGUUUCACAAAGGUCGCCAUGAGGAUUCAGAUCUUCAUUGAAGUCCAUCUACAUGCAAUCAAGAGCGGCCUUCGUCCGGGCAAAUUUCAGGAGACCAUAGCUAAACACGGUCACACAACCGAUGAAUGUGUGAUCGCCAAAGACCUUUUGGAACGUCUCGCAAGACAAGGUCACCUCGACAAGUUUAUUACAGGACGAAUGCAGAAAAACACAACCUCGGCUCCCGAGCUCGCCACAGCAAGCCCAUCCUCAAAGGAAAAAGAUAAGGCACCUAUUCAACCAAGGGGAAUCAUCAAUUGUAUUUCAGGAGGAUAUGCAGGAGGUGGACAUACAAGCUCGGCUCGAAAAAGAACCUAUAGAGCAAUGUUGGCCGUAACAGAUGCCCCCAAAAUGCCUCAACCGGCCCACGAUGUUCCAGAGAUGACCUUCUAUUCAACCGACUUUCAUCAGAAAGAUGUGAAUUAUGAUGACCCGGUGGUAAUCUCUGUUCAGUUAGGAGAUCUAAUAGUCCGCAAAGUACUCCUCGACCCUGGAAGCAGUGCAGAUGUAUUAUUCUUCACUACGUUUGAGAAAAUGAAGCUGAGUAACAACAUCUUGCAGCCAUAUCAUGGAGACUUGGUCGGAUUCUCCGGCGAGCGCGUUCCUGUCCUCGGUUCAGUGUGGUUACAAACCACACUCGGUGAGCAACCAUUAUUUAAGACACAAGACAUUCAAUAUCUUGUUGUCGAUUGUUUUAGUCCUUAUAAUCUCAUACUAGGUAGACCAUUUUUAAAUCGAUUUGCAGCAAUUGUAUCCACAGUUCAUCUUUGUGUAAAGUUUCCUGUGCAGGACAAUCUAAUAGCAACCAUACAUGGAGACCUCCAUGAAGCUCGCCAAUGCUACAACACAAGCUUGAAGCCUGUCAGGAAGAGCAACAUGCCACAGGUCAACUCCAUACAGCCCGAUCAACCGAGAUUAGCAGAAAUAGAUCCAAGAGCCGAUUUUGAAGACCGACCUAUGCCGAACGAGGACCUAACAAAGGUCCCCCUAACAGAAGAUCCUAUGAAAUUCACCUUCGUCGGAACGUCAAUGAGCGCCGAGGAAAGAGAAGCACUCAUAGCAUUUCUGCGCGAGAACGCCGAUUUAUUUGCUUGGACACCUGCAGAUAUGCCCGGAAUACAUCCCUCUGUUAUCACACAUAAAUUAGCAAUAACUCCAGGAGCCCGACCAGUCUCACAAAAGAAAAGAAAUCUCGGGACAGAAAAGCGCUUGGCAUGCCUUGCCGAAGUCAGAAAGCUCAUUGCGGCUAAUUUCAUCCGAGAGAUCAGAUUCACAACAUGGCUCGCUAAUGUGGUAAUGGUAAAAAAGAAUAACGGUAAGUGGCGCAUGUGCGUCGACUUCACUGACUUAAACAAAGCAUGCCCUAAAGAUGCUUAUCCUUUACCCUGCAUUAAUAAUUUAGUUGAUAAUUCCUGUGGUUUCGAUUCCUUAAGUUUCAUGGACGCAUACUCUGGUUAUAACCAGAUUCUUAUGCACCCAUCUGAUCAAGAAAAAACCGCUUUUAUAACUGAAUAUGGGAAUCAUUGCUAUAAUGUUAUACCUUUCGGUUUAAAGAAUGCAGGGGCGACGUAUCAACGAUUGAUGAACAAGGUCUUCCAGAACCAAAUUGGUCGGAAUAUAGAGGUCUACGUAGACGACAUGGUCGCAAAAACAAUGGUCGGAAAGUCUCACAUCAAUGACCUAGCAGAAAUAUUUGAACAAAUCCGACGAUAUAAUAUGAGACUAAACCCUGAGAAGUGUGCUUUCGGUGUUCGUGGAGGAAAAUUCCUCGGAUUCAUACUCACCAGCCGAGGAAUAGAAGCAAACCCCGACAAAUGUCGGGCCAUAAUUGACAUGAAAAGUCCAACAACGCUGAAGGAAGUCCAACGACUAACAGGGCGCCUCGCGGCUUUAUCAAGAUUCCUACCCUGCUUGGCAGCAAAAUCUUAUCAUUUUUUCCAAUGUUUAAAAAGGAACCCAAAACAUUUUCAAUGGACAGAAAACUGUGAAGCUGCAUUUCAAAAUUUAAAACAAUUUCUUUCAAAACCUCCUGUUUUACAAAAACCAAAACCAAAUGAACCACUGUCUAUAUACUUAUCUAUUACUGAUAUGGCAAUUAGCUCGGUUCUUUUAACAGAUACAGAGAAGGGUCAGCAGCCGAUCUAUUUUUGUGAGCAAGUCCCUUCAAGGUGCCGAGCUUCGUUAUCCAAAAUUGGAAAGCUCGCCCUAGCCCUAGUAUUCUCUUCAAGACGACUCCGACCUUACUUUCAGGGACACACCAUUAUAGUCAGAACUGAACAACCUCUCCGGCAGAUUCUUUCAAAGCCAGAGUUAGCAGGCCGGCUUAUCAAAUGGGCCAUUGAGCUUUCAGAAUUUGAUAUUCAAUACCAGCCAAGAGGAUCCGUCAGAUCUCAAUAUCUGGCCGAUUUUGUCGCCGAGCUUACUCAACCAUUGCAAGAAGAAAGAAGCUCAGAUUGGAACUUAUUUGUGGACGGAGCAUCAAACCCCCAAGGAUCUGGAGCAGGAAUACUAUUAGAAGGACCUCAAGGCAUCAACCUCAAACAUUCCCUUCGGUUCUCCUUCAAAGCAAGCAAUAACCAGGCCGAGUAUGAGGCCCUAAUCGCCGGGCUCAGGUUAGCAAUUGAUUUACAAAUCACCAGUUUAAAAGUUUAUUGCGAUUCCCUAUUAGUGGUUCAACAGGUGAAUCAGGUUUUCCAAACCAAAGACCAAACUUUGUCAAAAUACUUGGACAUCAUUCAAAACCUAAAAAACAGCUUUUCAAAGAUAGAAAUUCACCACAUUCCUAGGGAACAGAAUAAUAGAGCUGACAUCUUAUCAAAAUUAGCUACUACACAAUCACACACAGCGACAUUACUCCAAUCAACGCUGAAUAAACCGAGCAUACAUGCCCUAAGUAUUUCAAAUACUUUAUCCACAGACAGUUGGCAGGUACCUUAUAUAAAAUACUUAAAAUAUGGUUCUGUCCCAGAUGAGGUUUUAGAUAAGAAAAGAUUUCGGCGACAAGCCUCUUUUUUCACACUAAUGAAUAAUGUUCUGUAUAGGCGGGGAUUCUCCCGACCUCUUCUGAAAUGCUUAGACAGGAAAGAAGCCGAUAUUGCUUUGGCCGAGGCCCAUGAAGGAAUAUGCGGAAUACACUCGGGGGCAAGAAGCCUAGCACAGAAAAUACUACGAGCCGGUUUUUACUGGCCAGAAAUAUGGAAAGAUAGCAAAGAAAAAGUCCGAACUUGUGAUAAAUGUCAAAAGCAUGCACCAUCAAUCAACAUUCCGGCCGAACAACUUCAUCAAACAGCAAUAAGCUGGCCAUUCAAUCAAUGGGGGAUUGACAUCCUCGGACCUUUCCCCACCGCACCCAAACAACUAAAGUAUUUGGUGGUAGCUGUUGAUUAUUUCAGCAAAUGGAUCGAAGCAGAGCCACUGGCAAGAAUAACAUCCUCCCAAAUGAUAUCUUUCGUUUGGAAGAAUAUCAUAUGCCGAUAUGGAAUUCCAAGACAUGUCGUUACUGACAAUGGUCGGCAGUUUACCGACCAUAAUUUUAAAUUAUUUCUUCAGAACCUAAAGAUAACACAACACUUCUCAUCCGUGGAGCACCCACAAUCUAAUGGUUUAGCCGAGGCUGCCAAUAAAGUUCUCUUGCAUGCCCUCAGAAAAAAGCUCGACGAAGCAAAAGGACUGUGGGCCGAACUCAUCCCAAAAAUACUAUGGUCAUACAACACAACGACACAAACGUCAACUAAGGAGACACCAUACCGCUUGGUAUAUGGGUCAGAGGCAAUGAUCCCUUUGGAGAUCUCACAGCAAUCUCUGAGAACACAGGUAGAGAAUCAUGACCAAGCUCGUCAAGCCGAAUUAGACUUAGCAGAGGAAGUCCGAAGUACAGCAGCUCUCCAGCACCGAGCUUUACAGCUACAACUAGGCCGAAGACAUGCAAAAAAGGUGCUACCAAGAACAUUCAACGUCGGCGAUUUGGUAUUAAGGAAAACCGAAGAAGCUCGCCGACCAUCAGCCCAUGGAAAGUUAGCAGCGACAUGGGACGGUCCCUACCGAGUAGUUGAAAUCCUCGGAAGAGGAGCUUACAAGCUCGAGCACCUAGACGGCACUAAUAUACCAAAUACAUGGAAUAUCAGUUCUUUAAAGCAAUACUUCAGUUAG